AUGGAAAUUCGAUUGAAUUGUGGAACAGCUGACGAAACUUUGGAUUUCUUUGCAUUGACCGCAGUAACAAUUGCUGGCUUAACGAAAUUAAUUAUGGUCAAAGUACACCGUGAAGAUUUGCAAAUAAUUCUAUUGUCAGCUCUCAAGGAUUGGAAAACAUUGGUCGAUAGUUCAAUGGAAAAAAAAAUAUUAUGGAAGUAUACAUACCAGGGUAAACUCUUAUGCCGAAUACAAAUGGGAUUCGGUUUGAUUAUAAUAACUGCGAUGACUUUGGAUGCUUUGAUGGCUGCGAUAUCUUUUCAACCGGUUAAUGAAAAUUCGACAGAAGAAAUUUUCAGACAAACACCACUUCGAACAUUGUGUAUCUUUGGCGAUAUGACAACUUCCACUUAUUGGACGGUAUUUGUUUUUCAAGCUGUUCAAAUGAUCAAUGCCAUAGCUGUUGAUAUGGGAAAUGACGUUUUCUUCUUUGGCAUUGCCAUGCACAUUUGUAGCCAAUUGCACUCCCUGAAAAUAUUUUUCGAUCAGUUUCAAUCCCACGAAUCAAAAGAUCGUAUUCAAAAAAUUAAUGAAUUUGUUAACAGACAUUUUCACACUUUGGAUCUUGCUCAAAGAUUAGAGAACACUUAUAACAAUGUUUUAUUGUCAGUUUUGAUGGCAGAUGGAUUGCACAUUUGUUUGGCAGGUAUCCAUAUACUUUUGUUAUCCAAACAAUACGACAUGGUACAACUUUUGAAAACAACUGUAGCAUUUUUGGUCGUAUUGGCCCAACUUUUCUUAUACAGUUAUACCGRUGAAUAUUUGUCCACGUUGUCCCAGGACGUUUGCAACGUAAUUUAUCAUUUUCCUUGGUACGAGUGUUCACCCAGUACAAUUAAAAGUAUAACAUUCAUUAUAAUGAGAUCACACGAGCCGUUACGUCUUACCGCUGGUAAAUUUUAUACCAUGAAUCUUGAAAAUUUUAAAAAUAUAUUAAAAGYAUCAUUCUCAUAUUUUUCCGUUUUACGAAUAAUGUUCGAUGAAUGA